AUGGGUGCAGAAAAAUCAAAAUCAAGUUCUACAACGACAAUGCACAAUAACCAACCGCGACAACGCAUGGUUCCAAACUACACUGAAAACAAAAAAGUGUACCUCUUAGUUUGGGUGGAUGCCAACAUCGAUGAAAAGGACCAAGACUGUCAGAACACUUUGACUCACUUACGAAGUGUUGUCAAUGAUGUCAAUAUAUACACUCAACCAGAUGCUUGCGUUCAAUUCCUCAAAAGCAUCAGUGAUGAAAAAGCUUUCGUCAUCACAUCGGGAUCCUUAGGUCAACACUUAGUUCCCAAGAUUCACGGCAUUUCACAAGUGAAUGCCAUCUACAUAUUCUGUGGCAACAAAUCCAGACAUGAAAACUGGACAAAGAGCUGGUCAAAAGUCAAAGGUGUUCACACAAAUAUCAAAGAAAUCUGUGAAGCACUGACCACGAGUGUUAAACAAUAUAAUCAAGAUUCCAUCGCCAUGAGUUUUGUCACCGUAAGAGGAGAGGGUUCCAAUGUCAAUCUCAAUCAAUUGGAACCGAGUUUUAUGUACACGCAAAUAUUUAAGAAGAUUCUCCUCGAAAUGGAG